AUGACAGAUCGAUCCUUAGUUUGGUCUCAGAUUCAGAAUAUUUUUUUAGUUUGCAUGUAUCCAUUUCUAUAUUAUCAAGUCAAUUCCACUUGUUCAGAUUCUUCCCUUUCUUUUACUUCAACUGUUUCCAUCAUCGGCUGAUCUCGAAAAAUCGGUACCUUCUCGAUUAAUCUUGAAAAAAUAUUUGAGACCAUAUUUUCCAAACUUGGCCGUAGGCCACUAUAUAUAUUUAUUCUUGCAAUCCAACUCGAAACUGACUUUCCCCUGCAACUCCAUGAUACUAAGAGUUUCAUAGCAUUUCAAAACCAAAAUCACAUAAUGUUGUUGCUCAUUCUGCUGUCAUCACUGGCCAUAUCUGCAUUUGGGUAUGGCUCAUUAGGCCCCAUUGCAGCUGCAUUUGGUGAGAAUGGUUUCUUCUGUGCCAUUGAUGCAGGUGGUAAGCAAGAGAUUAUUUGCUGGGAGAAGAACAAUAACAAAUCAUCUUCUUCUUCUUUGGCAUAUGUUAGUACUUUGCCAGCUAUGGUGGCUCUUUCUGGUGGAGAGGAGUUUCUGUGCGGCAUCACUGCGAAUCGUUCGGAGCCUUAUUGUUGGACAUUGUCUAGUCCUGGUACAUUUCUUGUUCAACCUGGUUUUAAGUCUAGUACUUAUUUGAAAAUAGCUGCUGGCAAGAAUCAUGUCUGUGCUAUUAGGGGGUCUUAUUAUGGUGAUGUUGAGUAUGGAAAUGUGGAUUGUUGGGAGUUUUUAAAUAAUGUUCUUGUGUAUAAUGCUUCAUUUUUUGAGCCUUAUGUGGGGGAGUCUGUUUUUAGGGAUAUUGUUUCUGGGGAUGGGUUUAGCUGUGGUGUGCUUAAGGAUGGAGGGGUUGUCUGCUGGGGUCCGAAAUCGGGUAAAUUGGGGGUUUCAGGGAGUGUGAAGAUUUUAGCUUCUGGGAGGGGUUCUGUUUGUGGGAUUUCUAGUAAAUCUGGUGAGUUGUUAUGCUGGGGAGAUUCCAGGGAAUUUGGUGAUUUCCCUGGAGGCAUUAGUUUUGUGGCCUUAUCAGCUGGUGCCCAUCAUUUCUGCGGAAUUCGAGAGGAUGAUCAUGGGAUUGAAUGUUGGGGGAGCAUUAAGUCUUCUGCAAUCCCAAAAGAUUAUGGCUUUACUGCAAUUGCUUCGUCUGAAUCCACGAGUUGUGGGGUUAGGGAAGCGGAUUUAGUUCUUGAUUGUUGGGAUGUUCAAGGGCAGUCUCCCCCAAAUUACAGUCCCCCAUUGCAGUUAUGUAGUCCGGGGAUUUGUUCUGCAAGUUCUUGUGGUGAUGGUAAGUUCUCAUUCAAUGUUAGUAUUCUUAAUGAAGCGGAAUUGGCUAGUGUAUGUGUUCAGCCAGACUUGAAGAUCUGCUUGCCUUGUGGGUCAAAUUGCUCAAAAGGAUUUUUCCCAUCUAGCCAAUGUAGUAAGAAUGUGGACAGAAUAUGCAGCGCGUGUUCUCUCUGCCAGAGCGAGUCUUGCUGGGAUGUCUGCGGGGUUCACUCUUCAUCCAAGAACCUACCUAAAGAGCGGAACAUCAAGAUGUUAGUGAUUAUCGUUGGAUCUUGUGUAAUACUUUUGGUUUUAGUUGUCACAGGCUGCUGUGUUAUUCCUCUAUUUUUUGCAAGUUCUAAUGAGGACAAGGAUAAAUCACAGUGCUUCUCCUGCUUCCGCAAGCAGUCUGUGGAGGCUGAGCCCAGCCUUGACCAUGAACUAUCCAUUUCUGCAACAGCUACAAUUGGAACUGCACAGGUGUUCCGUCUCUCAGAAUUAAAAGACGCUACAAAUGGUUUCAAGGAGUUUAAUGAGCUUGGACGCGGAAGCUAUGGAUUUGUGUACAAAGCCACACUUGCUGAUGGUACUCAAGUGGCUGUCAAAAGGGCUAAUGCUGCCACUAUAAUCCGUACUAAUGGCCGGGAAUUUGAAGCAGAACUAGACAUUCUCUGCAAUAUCCGACAUAAUCAUAUUGUGAACUUGCUGGGCUAUUGCUCGGAUAUGGGGGAGAGGUUACUGGUAUACGAGCUCAUGCCACACGGGACACUUCAUGAUCAUCUCCACGGGGAACUCUCUCCUCUCGACUGGAAUCUGCGGUUGAAGAUAUCAUUACAAGCUGCAGAAGGGCUCGAAUACCUUCACAAAGUAGCUUCUCCUCCUAUUGUUCAUCAUAAUUUGAAGGCCUCAAAUAUUCUCUUGGACUCUAACUGGGAUGCAAGAGUUUCUGACUUCGGACUUUUGAGUGUUAAUGACACGGAUUCAACUGGAAGUACAGAAAAUGAUGUUUAUAAUUUUGGGAUUGUUCUUCUGGAGAUUUUGAGUGGCAGAAAGGCUUACGAAUGUGAAUUUGAACCUCCAGCCAUCGUCGACUGGGCUUUGCCUCUAAUAAGACGGGGCAGGGCAGCUGCCAUUUUCGACAGAAACACAGCCUUGCCAAGAAAUGUGGAACCAUUGCUGAAACUUGCAGACGUUGCAGAGCUGGCUCUGAAGGAAAAUCCAAACGAACGCGCUGGCAUAAGUGAUAUUGUUCUUUGGCUGGAUCAGAUUGUAAAGAUUGGUCUGACAUUGUGAUUGUCUCAGUUGUUUCACUUCAUAUUUUCAUUAUCUGGUUCCAGGAUCAGGUAGUGUUUUUCCCUGCAACAAAAAUCUGUUGCAGGUAUGUCGUAUAUUGUGUUUUCAUUUAUUUAAAAACAAGUCUCGACUCUUGAAGUC